AUGAAGUUAAACCUCAUUGUAACUGAAUUCAUCUUUCUUGGGCUUUCACAAAACCCAAAAGUUGAAAAGAUACUAUUUGUUGUGUUUUUGUUUGUCUACAUUGCAACUCUCGGAGGCAACAUGUUCAUUGUAGGGACCAUCCUCUGCAGCCCUACACUGCUGGGCUCCCCCAUGUACUUCUUCCUGGCAUUCCUGUCCUUUCUUGAUGCAUGCUUCUCUUCUGCCAUGACCCCGAAGAUGAUUGCAGAUUCCCUCUAUGAGAGGAAAACCAUCUCCUUUGAAGGCUGCAUGGUGCAACUUUUUGCAGAACACUUCUUUGGUGGUGCAGAGGUAAUUGUCCUCACCUCCAUGGCCUAUGACCGCUAUGUGGCCAUUUGCAAACCCUUGCACUACUCUUCCAUCAUGAACUGGAGGCUCUGUGGCAUUCUGGUGGGGGUAGCCUGGACUGGUGGCUUCCUGCAUUCCAUCAUACAGAUUCUCUUUACUCUCCAGCUGCCCUUCUGUGGCCCCAAUGUCAUUGAUCAUUUCAUCUGUGAUUUGUACCCUUUGCUGAGUCUUGCCUGCACUGACACUCACGUGUUUGGACUUGUGGUGGUGGCCAACAGUGGAUUUAUCUGCAUUCUGAUCUUCUCCUUGCUGCUCAUCUCCUAUGGUUUUAUCUUGAUUUCUCUGAGAGCUCACAGUGCUGAAGGGCGGCGGAAAGCUCUGUCUACCUGUGGAUCGCACAUUGCUGUGGUAAUUUUGUUCUUUGUCCCGUGUAUCUUUACAUAUGUAAGGCCUCCAACUGCCUUCUCCUCUGACAAAAUGGUGUCAAUAUUUUAUACCAUGCUCGCUCCCUUGCUCAACCCUAUGAUUUACACUUUUAGGAAUAAGGAAGUAAAAAAUGCCAUGAGAAAAAUGUGGAAGAGGUUGAUAGUGGUCUCUGAUGAAAGAUAA